AUGGCAUCAUCCCUAGAAAAACUCGCAUCCUACUUGGACGAGUAUAAAACUGUAAACGCCGUUUUUGCCAGUAUGGUGACUGAUCCGGAUAAAAUUAAGUUAUUAACGCGAAAGGGUGUUUUCCCCUAUGAGUAUUUCGACUCAAAAAGUAAGCUCGAUGAGACCGAAUUGCCUCCGAAAGAAAAAUUUUAUAGUACUCUUUAUGAUGCCGGUAUUUCUGAUGAAGAUUAUGAGCAUGCGCAGAAAGUUUGGUCCGAUUUCGAUUGUCAAAAUCUCUACGACUAUGUCCACUUGUACAUGAAAACAGAUGUAUUGUUACUUGCUGAUGUCUUUGAAAACUUCCGCGAACAAUGUGUAAUUGCGUACAAGUUAGAUCCUGCACACUAUUAUACGACCCCCGGUUUAACUUGGGAUGCUAUGGUCAAGUACACGAGUAUAGGAUUACAACUUAUAACCGAUAUUGAUAUGAUUAUGUUUGUUAAGUCUAGUAUCAGAGGUGGCAUUAGUCAAUGUUGCAACCGCUAUGCAAAAGCGAAUAAUCCAUAUAUGGAGAAUUUCGACAAAAACGAAGAUACAAGCUAUCUCAUGUACUUCGAUGCCAACAAUUUGUAUGGCUGGGCAAUGGCUCAAUCGCUCCCUUAUGGCGGUUUCAAAUGGGUUCAAAAUGUUGACGACUCUUUUAAUUUUCAUGUACCUGACGAUUCCCCUGUUUGGUACAUCCUAGAAGUUGAUUUGGAGUAUCCGAAAGACAUUCAUGAUACUCAUAAAGACAUGCCAUUCUGCGCUGAAAAUAAGAAACCUCCAUUGUCAAAACAGUUGAAAUUGUUAACCACUCUCAUGCCUAAAGAAAAAUAUGUUAUUCAUUAUCGAACGCUAAAACAAGUUGUGGCAAACGAUAUUAAAAUUGUGAAAAUCCACCGUGUCUUGCAAUUUAAGCAAUCAACCUGGCUUAAACCGUACAUUGACUAUAACACAAUGAUGCGCACCAAUGCUAAAAAUGAGUUCGAAAAGAAUUUGUUUAAGCUUAUGAACAAUGCAGUGUACGGCAAGACGAUGGAAAAUGUCCGCAAACAUGUUGACAUUAAACUCGUCACAAAAUGGUUUGGUCGCUAUGGAGCUGAAGGUCUAAUCUCCCGCCCAAAUUUCAAAAGUCGAGCGAUUUUCGACGAAAAUCUAGUUGCUAUUGAAUUGCGCAAAGUCGAGGUACUGCUCAACAAACCCAUCUAUGUAGGGUUAAGUGUGCUUGAUAUAUCUAAGACGCUAAUUUACGAUUUCCAUUAUGGUCACAUGUUGAAAAAAUACGGCGAUGCUUGUAAACUGCUGUAUACCGAUACAGACAGUCUUAUCUACGAAAUCAAGUGUGAAGAUAUUUACAAAGACAUGAAAAAAGAUAUUGACAAGUUUGAUACAUCUGAUUAUCCCGCGAAUAACGUCUAUGAUAUUCCGCAAGUCAACAAAAAAGUCCUCGGCCUCAUGAAAGAUGAGUGCAACGGCAGAAUUGUAACUGAAUUUGUUGGCUUGCGGAGUAAGAUGUACAGUGUACGCGUCGAAGAUAAAGAUUUUAUUAAAAAAGCUAAAGGUGUUAAAGCCGGCGUUGUUAAAAAGACAAUUCAAUUUGAUGAUUAUGUAAAAUGUCUGCGAGAUUUUGACAUUCAAACUCGAACACAAUAUAAUAUUCGAUCGCGGCUUCACAAUCUUGAAACUGUGAAGCAGGUUAAAGUAGCUUUAAGUCCGCAAGACGACAAGCGGUAUUUGUUACAGGGGAGUACCGAUACUCUACCGUGGGGUCACUAUGCGAUCCCAAAUCUCGACAAUUUGUAA